AAGGGGGCUAUUUUCCCCCCUGUAUGACUGUAUCUAUCAGGCUAUCACCACUGCCGAUAUAUAAAAUUUCUCCGGCGUUCUUCUUCACACCCCCCCUCCGUCAAUCUCAUUAUUUUUCGUUCCCUGCCCACCUCGAUCAAACGCCGGAUUUGAGUUUUUUGACGGAUAAACGAGUCAAAUUUUACUAGGGUUCACUCUAAGGGUUCGGAUUUCGCGCAGAGGAGACGAUUUGGCAUUCAAGUUAAACGAAUUUGGUAACUUGGAUACUAUAGUCUAGAGAUAUUGGUGUGGCCCAGGUUAUAUUUGUAACGUGUUUGUACAAAAUUUCCGUUGUCGUAUGGUAGUGCGUAUUUUGAGAUUGUAUCAGGGUCUUCUAGAAAGCGAUCUUUAUUCUAGAACAUAAGGGUUUAUCGAUUGAAUUCAUGGAGUCUGAUAAAGAGGAUGUCGUUUUUCUUGAUCGAGCUUCUCGGGCAACGAGAGGAAGACGGAUGACCAAAUUGGUUGAUGAGGAGAUUGAAGAAGAUGAUGAGUUCUGGAACCAAGAAGCUUUGAAAGAUGAAGAAGAUGAUACAAACUACGUAGAAGAAAAGGAGGUUGCUGAUGUUUUUGACAGUGACUUUGAUGAAGAUGAACCAGAGCCAGAGGAAGAAGCAGAAAAUGAGCCAGAUGAAAGGAAGAGGCCAAAAAAGAGAUUGGCAUUUCCAGGAAAGCAAUUGCCAAAAAAGAAGAAGAAGAAGGUUGUUUCAGAACCUGAUAGUUCUAAUGAGGAAGAAACAAAUGUUGACCAGUCAACGCCCCAAGAAGAGCAUGAAGUUCCUGAUGAUACAGAAGUUGAGAAAACAACCAGAAAGUCAACAAGAACUUCAGUUAUUGUUAGGCAAGCUGAAAGAGAUGCAAUACGUGCAGCACUUCAAGCAACAAUGAAGCCAAUAAAAAGGAAAAAGGAAGGUGAGGAAAAGAGAAUGACCCAAGAAGAGAUGCUUCUGGAAGCUGCUCAAACAGAAAUUAUGAACUUGAGGAACUUAGAACGGGUGUUGGCAAGGGAGGAAGAAGUAAAAAAAAGAGCAAUUGUUCAUAAAGCUCACUACACAGGCCCUCAGAUACGAUAUCUUUCUAAAGAUGGUUAUACAUACCUUGAAUUUACAAAUGGGGUGUCAUUUCAAUCACAGAUUCCUACAUCAGCCCCUCCAUAUCCAGAGAAAGCUGUUUGUGUGGUUACAGGAUUACCUGCAAAAUAUCGUGAUCCUAAGACAGGCUUGCCUUAUGCGACAAAAGAGGCUUUUAAGAUUAUUCGUGAAAACUUGUGUAGGUAUAUGAAUGAUGGGAGUGGGAUUAAAGAGAAGAAUAACAUGGGAGUGGUUUAUGAAUUGGCUUGUGGGGAAGGAGGGGGUUUCAGAAAAAAGAAGAGGAGAACAGUCAAUCCAAACGGCAAAGAGAAGUCUUAUAUGAGAUCAUUGGCUCGUUUUCGCCAGAUUCCAGCUUUCGAAUACCAAGACUCUGAAUGACACUGCAAACAUUGAGAUGGAGAGAGCUUUUUGCAUUUUUUGAAGAUGGCUUGGCUUCUAAUGUAUUUGAGUUGAGUUUCAGAAAUGGCUGGAAAAAGAAACGCUAAUCAUGAUUAUCAAUUUUAGAGGGAAGUUUUUAUUAGUACAUGCAUUCUUGUAUUGGUAGGGAUUGAUUCAGUCUUUUGGUUUCUACCAAAAGGCCUCAUCUCUUCUCUUAAGUACAAGAAUAAAUUACAGUUUUUGUUCUUGUGUACUAUCGUUUUUUCCUUGUAUAAAUUUGCAUUUCUUAUAUUUUAAUCUAUUACUGUUAGUUUUGUAGAA